AGAGGGGUGGGGAAAGGGAAAGAUAACAGGGCACGCUGCCCGCCAAGGCCCCCCUCCAAGGCUCUCCUCUCUCCCCAGAACCCGGACAUCACCAUCACCGACAACGUGCUCCACUUCAGAGCACAGGGUCAUGGUGCCAAAGGGGACAACAUCUAUGAAUUUCAGAUCGAGUUCCUAGAACCAGUCGAGCCUAAACCCGUGUGCAGGGUGACUCAAAGGCAGCUGAACAUCACCGUGCAGAAGAAGGAGAGUAACUGGUGGGAGAGACUCACCAAGCAGGAGAAGCGCCCGCUCUUCCUAGCUCCUGACUUCGACCGCUGGUUAGAUGAAUCGGAUGCUGAAAUGGAACUGAGGGAGAAGGAAGAAGAAAAGAUUAGAAAAAUGAAAAUAGAAUCCAGAGUCCCAAAAGACCCUUUCAAACACCUGAAGAAAGGAUACUUAAUCAUGUAUAAUCUCGUACAGUUCUUGGGAUUCUCUUGGAUUUUUGUGAACAUGACAGUACGGCUGUUCAUCUUAGGAAAAGAUUCCUUCUAUGAUACAUUUCACACUAUUUCUGACAUGAUGUAUUUCUGUCAGACCCUGGCAUUAAUGGAAGUCGUGAACUCACUAAUAGGGCUCGUCAGAUCACCGCUGAUACCUGCUAUAAUACAGGUAUUUGGAAGAAACUUCAUUUUGUUUGUUGUCCUGGGAAGCCUAGAGGAAAUGCAGAGCAAAGCCGUGGUGUUCUUCGUGUUUUAUUUCUGGAGUAUCAUUGAGCUGUUCAGGUAUCCGUAUUACAUGCUUUCAUGCAUCGGUAUUGAAUGGAAACCACUUACCUGGCUCCGUUACACCACCUGGAUCCCUCUCUACCCUUUAGGAGGCUUGGCUGAAGCUGUCUGUCUCAUUCAGUCCAUUCCAAUCUUCAGUGAAACAGGGAAAUUUAGUCUGGGAUUGCCAAAUCCACUGAAUGUCACAAUCCAGUUUUCAUUCUUGCUUCAAUUAUACCUUAUAGCCUUGUUUUUAGGGAUAUUUGUAAACUUCCGUUAUCUCUACAAGCAAAGGAAACAGCACCUUGGACCAAAGAAGAGAAAGAUGAAGUAAAGGAGGACUGCACUGCUUUCUUAUUUAACUUAUCUCAAUGAAAAGAUAAGCCUCUAAUUCUUACGGUUUUACCCACUGUAAUUUAAAGAAUUUUGUAAAAUUAAAUGAUCAUAUUAUUUCAUGAUUUCAUAGUGAAUUCAGGUAACAUUCCCAUACACUGUAUUCUGUUCCCUUUCAAUCAUGUAUGCAUGACAUUUACCAUUGAACGGUUACAUUUAAACUUGUAUCCUAUCAACUGCCAUAUUAGGAAGAAAUCCUAUUAUCUGCAAUUAUCUGCAUAUAAUAUGCUUAUAAACAGGGGAGCAGCACUAAAUAGAAAUUGCAUUUGAUCUUUUAAUUGGGUAUUUGCUCUUUCAAUAUUGCAUGCAGAUAAGGCUUCUGAUGUUGGGAUAUACUGCUGGCUGGCCCAUGCUGUUCCUGGGGGGCUUUUGUGAUGGCACGAGGAGCACAGUCUGAGACCACUGAACAGUGUCUGGGUGUAUAUUAACAGCAGGGGUAAACUUGCUCAGCCCUCACGCCCCCUUAUCUUAGGCAGUGUACUGAUGUUGCAGAAUUAAAACCAGAAGUAGCUGGCUGAUGUCAAUUUAAAUGCUACAUACGAAUUUAAUCUGUUUCUAGUUUAGCCUGAACAGAAUAGGGGCAUUGUGUGGAACAUAGCAACAUCCAUAUACCUGUAGUAGUCAGUAGGAAAAGGAAGCUGCAGCUGUCCCACGGUCAGAAGUGCUUUCCUGAUUGCUAAUGCAAGCACUGAAAAAUAAGGAAACAAGGAAACACAGGUACCAGCUUUCUCCUAGCAUGUGAACACCAGAACAACUCCCUCCCAUAGAAAUGGAAAUACUGAACACCUCUGAUUGUUCCUGCCAGGGCUGUAGCUCCUGUAUUUAUAGCCUUUGGAAAGGCAACAAUGACUGCUUUUCUACCUAAAACUUAGGGGUACAGCUAAUAAAUACGUGUAUGUGCUUUGCUGGCACCCUGGUGGGAUGGAGUGGUGGGUCAAAUAAGUCAUCUAUUAUUGUGAUAUAUCAAAUCCCAGUAAGGGAGCUCCUGCAUAGGGUUUGAAGGGACCCUUUCUCCUUUGUGCUUGCUUUAAAUAACAAGAUCUGUUCCCCUCUCAUUCCAGGUCAUGAUGUCUCUCACCUGGAAACCUUUGUUUCAGGUGGCUUCAUUUCAGCAUGCUCUUCUGACACCUAGCCUCCUCCACUUGAUUCCAGACCCCUCUGGCCCCUUUAAUGAAGUUUAGAAAGUAUACUGCAAGCGUGCUCUAAAACCCUGUUGUGGUUAUAAACAGGUUGCUUCACAACUGCUGCUCCCCCCAGGGCACUGCAAAGCAAAGCCAGCAAUCCAGAUCAGGCACUGAAGCUGAGAUUAGCACAGUGCCAUCUUACUAUUUGCAUUAUCUUUUUCUACUGUAAAAUGACAUGAAUCCUCCAGAAAGUUAUUUUCUAUACUUAAAGGUAACAAACAGCUUACUAUUUGUGACAUGGCCCCAGUGAUUGUUACUGUAAAGGAAGGAAAAUAAUGUUAUACAGAGAUUAUAACAAAGAGCUGGUACAAGCUCCACAUAGCAUUUCACAAUUGUGUUUUGUCAACAAGAGGCAUGAUGCAAUUUCUCCUUAGAGAUACUUGAGGCUCAGUUGCAAAGAAGAGUGCAGGUAACUUUCUCAAAAGAGCUGAGCAUUAUUUACACACUUUCACUACAGCACACACUGUACAUAUGUUUGAAGUAUGUCAAAGGACUGAAUUAGCUGACUUGGAACAGCAAAGAUCACUUUCAUACUUUAAUUACUGGGCAUUUAAACUUCUGUUAUAAAUCCAUAUGUACUCAUACACGAUACUUCUCAGUGAAACUGUGGUACCUAGUGCGAGCUGUAAUGGAUCUUACACUACUGAGUUUUAGUCCUUCAGAAAGAAUGUGUUUCUAUUAAUAAAGAUUUACAACC